AUGUGUGAAAAAGGCAUUCUCAUCUGGACCUGCGGCUGCACCCACAUCCAAGACCCUCGCCCCUGCCACAAAGCACGCUUUCGCAACAAAGCCUGCGAUGGCUACGCUUUCGCCUGGGCAUACCGCUCGCCCAUCCCCAUCCACACAUCCCUGCGCUGUCCCUCGUGCAUCCGCGUCGACGAAUCCAACGCCCUCAGAAAAGCAAACGAAGCCCUCCUCGCCAAAUCUUCUGCAUACCCUACUCUAGUUUCUGUGGCCGAUGGGGAUGACAGGCACAGAGUCAAGACAGGAAGACCGAGCUUCUCGCGCACGGCUUCGGGGACUCAAAUGUUGAGGGUACCCGACAACUGGACGAGCGAGAUGAACAGGUUGCCAGGCAAUGCGAAUGAGUAUUCUGCGUUUUUGAGUGGGAGAUUUGAUCCUUUGGUCAGAUUGCCGGAUACACAUAUUCCUUUGGCACAAUCUUCUCGAGCGGCGUCUCCCACUACACAUACAAAGCUAGAGAGGGGAGCCAGAGAAAUGCCCAUUGCGGUGCCAGGGAUGCAGAGAUCGCGCUCACAUGCGCCACCACAGUGUUUCCCGGGUCCUGUGAUGUUGGGCGUGGACGACUACCCUUACGUUGAGUUUAGGGGUGCUUUGUCGGCGAGACCGGGGGCAGAUCGACGUCCUUCUUAUACGGGCAAAGUGUUGGACAANGGGUGGGCUCCUCCGAGUAGUGGUACGUUGCCGCCGCAAAGUGAUGUGGAUACUGCGCCGCCUUCUCAGGUGCCUUCGCCGCAGUUGAAGGUUUCGCCGCCACGGUUGAGGAUUACUUCUUCUGAAUGA